UGAGUGGAGUAGUUUGUUAAGGUUUGUCGCUUGAAGAAAUUACUCUUAUGCUUCGCGCUGUGUCAGGAAUAAGACAUCAAGAUGAAGUUUUACCUUGCUUUCGUGGUCGCCGUCAUCGGCGUCGGAAUGGUAGCCGCCGAUGAGAAUCUGAAGAGUAAGCUGCAGAUGGCUCUGAAAUCAAUGCUCAAUGAAAACGAGGAACUGCAAAUGCAAAGUCGCGACACCAAGGGGCGAUGCGACUUAGCCACCAACAGUUGCAACAACCAUGGUACAUGUACUGAAGGCGAAGAUAGUAGGCGGACGUACUACUGCAGGUGUGAGACGCCAUAUCAAGUGGGCGGUCCAGAUUCUUCUUGCUAUCCCCGUACAUACAACUCUUUUUCCGGGUGCAGCCAAGGAACCAACUACUGUGACGGACACGGCGGGUGUGAGAGUAGCGACGGAGGGUAUUCCUGCAUGUGCGGAAAAGACUAUGAGGGGAACCCAAAUGGUGGAUGCUCACCCAUAGCAAAACGUGCCACUGAAGUCGAUGACGACGAUUUCACUGAACGUAAAAAGGAAAUCAUGCGACAACUGGCCGAGUUCCUCCAAGAAGAAUAAACCAUAGCGUACUAAGAGAGAUAGCUGUGGCACGAACGCGCCUGAAGCGGUCAAAGGUUAUAUCAUGGUGCGUCGUUCCACUACGGAGAAUGUGUGAGGCUCCGUGAAAUGACUGGCCAAUCACAAGCAACUUCCAGUUACAUAACUAUCUCUGUUUUGAGAUGCCCGCUUUGGAAUCAAGAGCAUGUAGCUUGCUUAAUUUUCGUUUUUUGCCCUCUUCUUCUUCUUCUCCUCCUCCUUGGAUUACUUCUUUCAUUUUCUUUACCUUACCUUUACAUGAUUGUUAUCAUGAAUUAUGUUCAUCGUAAUGAUAGGGAGUACCUUUAAUCGCAUUUAUAAAGCACCUUUCUUUCAUUUGAUGUAGACUUAAAAUCUGAAUAUCAAUAUGCGGUAUUAUAAGUUGUAGAAAUGAUAGUCUAUUCAAUAUAAUCUUCAACUUUUGAUUAUUCUAGUCUUCCAGUUGCUGGAUUUUAUCAAAUUAAACGACCUAUGAAAGAAAA